AUGGCCGGUGGGGGCUUCGCCGUGGAUUCACCCAUUACCAAUGGUUUCGAUGGCAAGCUCACGUUCUCAGUUAUCAUCACUUGCAUCGUUGCUGCAUCCAGUGGACUCCUUUUUGGUUAUGACAUCGGAAUUUCAGGAGGUGUUACAACAAUGGUUCCAUUUCUGCAAAAAUUCUUUCCAGACAUACUGAGAAAAGCUGCUGGUGCCGAUGUAAACAUAUAUUGCGUAUACGAUAGUCAAGUGUUGACAUUGUUUACGUCUUCUCUUUACCUUGCUGGCUUGAUAUCAUCUCUUGCAGCUAGUCGGGUCACGAUGACAUUAGGACGGAGAAACACCAUUCUCUUGGGUGGUGUCAUCUUUUUCAUGGGUGGUGCCCUUAAUGGAGGUGCUGAAAAUAUUGCCAUGCUCAUUUUAGGUCGUAUCUUACUUGGAUUUGGAGUCGGUUUCACUAAUCAAGCUGCGCCGUUGUACCUUUCUGAAAUCGCUCCACCGAAAUGGCGAGGAGCUUUCAACACGGGCUUCCAAUUCUUCCUCUCAUUUGGAGUGGUCGUUGCAGGCUGCAUAAACUUCGGAACCGCGAAGCACACGUGGGGGUGGCGAGUUUCGCUUGUCAUCGCCGUGGUGCCUGCCGCGGUUAUGACAAUUGGUGCCUUGCUUAUAACUGACACUCCCAGUAGCUUGGUUGAACGUGGGAAAAUAGACGAAGCCAGAAGAGCCUUGCGCAAAGCCAGAGGAUCCUCCAUCGAUGUUGAACCCGAAUUGGAAGAGCUCAUUAGGUGGUCAGAAAUUGCAAAAUCUGUGGAGCAGGAGCCAUUGAAGACCAUAUUUGAGAGGCAGUAUCGACCCCACUUGGUCAUGGCUUUUGCUAUCCCAUUUUUUCAACAACUCACGGGGAUCAACAUCGUCGCAUUCUAUUCUCCUAACCUCUUCCAAUCAGUGGGUUUGGGACACGAUGCCGCUUUACUCUCUGCCAUCAUACUAGGAAUAGUCGCCCUUGCUUCUCUCCUCGUCUCUACUGCUAUUGUUGAUCGGUUUGGUCGAAGGUUCUUGUUCAUAACUGGUGGCAUAUGCAUGUUUCUUUGCCAGAUUGCGGUGUCUACUUUGCUAGCAGUGUCGACUGGUGUUCAUGGUACAAAGCAAAUAUCGAAGAGCAAUGCGGUUUUGGUGUUGGUGCUUCUAUGUUUCUACUCUGCUGGUUUUGGUUGGUCAUGGGGUCCUCUCACCUGGCUAAUUCCAAGUGAAAUUUUCCCCUUAAGAAUCAGAACCACUGGACAAAGCAUAGCUGUUGGCAUGCAGUUCAUAACCAUAUUUAUAUUAUCCCAGACAUUCUUGACAAUGCUGUGCCACUUUAAGUUCGGUGCCUUCUUGUUCUAUGGUGGUUGGAUUGUAGUGAUGACAAUCUUUAUUAUAUUUUUCUUGCCAGAAACAAAAGGGAUUCCUUUGGAGUCAAUGUACACCAUUUGGGGUAAACACUGGUUUUGGAGUCGGUUUGUGAAAGAAGAAGCUGGGCAACAAAAUCUUCCAUGA